AUGUACGACUAUUUAUUGGUGUUUGUGCUUAUCUUCGGAGCGCUGUUCUACAUCGCUCGAUCCGGACGCAGAAAAGAGAUUACGAAGGCGUCACACGACAAACUUAAAGCUGGCCACAAGCGCACAUUUGGCACCUGGAUUGCAAGUGAUUUUCGAGCACCCCGUCCGCCUGCCUAUCCGGACUGGUCGGUUGAAACGACAAAACCGUUGCCCUACCGUCCGUUCAAGUAUGGACCGAACUACUUUAUCACCAUGGGCAUUCGUCCUGUAGAUUGGGAUGAUUGGAUCGAACUCGAUAAUCAGUGGACACAUUAUCACACCGAGAAGCAUGCUCGUCUCGCCAGCGAGCGAGCUUCCCAGCUGUGUAAGACGGCGCCCGAAGCACAAGAGGCCGCGCUCGAGACAAUGAAACUGCUCAGCCAGUAUCUCGUUGAUCGCUAUCCUUCCCUGUUCGAAUUUGAAUUCAGCAGCAAAGAAAAACAAAUUCGAAUCAAAACAACCGGAGAGAUUUAUCCCAUUCACUCGGACGAUCCUUUAAAAUACGCCGCACUCCUAAUCGAAGACGAUCUAGCCUUGAUGAUUGAAGGGCCGGAUGGCCAAUAUUAUCUGAGAGGUGGCGCCAUUCUCCUCCCCGGUUUCUGGCGUCUGGAAGACAAGUUCAACAUGCCCCUCGCCAAGAUUCACACUUCGGGCGAUGUGCCCAAAUUUCGAGAGAAAUUACAGGGCAGCAUGGAACGCUUCUUUCAAAAAAUGACGCCUGAACGACCAGUCGCUCGAAAUAAUUAUUUCAUUCAGACAGAUGAACAUUUAGCGUGGUCAACUUCGAUCGGAUCCGAAGAUACAUUUGGCAUUGGAUGGGAGCACGCAGAACCGAAUCCACCUAUCGAAAAUAUCCGUUUCCGAAGUGAGAGACAGACGCUUCGGCGAUUACCACGUAGUGGGGCCAUUCUUUUCACAAUUCGCACCUAUUUCAUUCCUGUCGUCGACAUUGCCCAAGAACCGGGCGUUCCCGGACGAUUGGCAUCGGCUAUACGGAGCUGGCCCGACGACGUAGCGCGUUACAAGGGGAAAAAGGCGUAUGAGGAGGUCCUUCUAAACUAUCUCGAUGAGAAACAAGCGGAACAGCAAGCGAACGGCCUCGAUGUAGCCAGUUUCAAUUCGUAUCCAUACUAA